AUGUCUGAGGAACUAAUUGAGAAGUCAAAAAAAUUGGCUGCUUUCGCAGCAGUCAAUGAAAACGUUUCGAAGUCUGACAGAAUUAUAGGAGUUGGGUCUGGAUCCACCGUUGUCUAUGUCGCCGAACGCUUGGGGCAGUUGGAAAAUAAAGAAAAGUUUAUUUACGUAGCCUUUGAUGGAGCUGAUGAAAUUGACACCAACUUGAAUUUGAUAAAGGGAGGAGGGGCAGCGCUUUAUCAAGAAAAGUUGGUGGCAUCAUUGUCUCGUAAAUUCGUUGUGGUGGCAGAUUUUCGUAAACAGUCUCCAGAAAGACUGGGUCAUUUCUGGCGCAAAGGCGUUCCCAUUGAGGUUGUACCCAACAGUUAUGUUAAAGUAUUGAAAGAUCUUUUCAAACUAGGAGCCAACAGCGCCACUCUGAGAGAUGCUGGAAAGGCGAAAGCUGGUCCAGUGGUCACAGAUAAUGGUAACUUCGUCAUUGAUGCUGAUUUUGGAGAGAUUCCGUUAAAUAAGGUUAAAGAGCUGGAUGAAAAGCUGAUACGACUGGUAGGAGUCGUCGAAACAGGUUUCUUUGUUGACUAUGCUGAGAAGGCUUACAUAGGCAACGAGGAUGGCUCCAUCACAAGCUUGUCUGUUAGUGUGCCAGCUAGAUUGUAA